AUGGCCCCUGAUGAUAACGAUAUUACAGGGUCCGGAAAUAUAUCCCACAAUAAUUACUUAGCUCCCACAGACCUUCCUGUUUGUAACGAAACAGUAAUCAAUGACGUUGUUGCACAGAGCAUAAGAAACGACUUUGAGAACCUUCGAAUAGACAGUGCCAGAGAAAACACCUAUCUUGAGGGUGCGGGCUCGAGUAAAGAUAAGAAGAUCUCCAGGAUCAGUUUGAACGAUGCGAAGGUGACGGCCGUGUCUGGCGCCUUAGCAGGGUUUAUUUCUGGCAUAAUGGUCUGUCCAUUGGAUGUUACAAAGACUAGAUUGCAAGCGCAGGGGUUGCAAGCAGCCACUGAAAACCCGUAUUAUAAAGGUAUAUUCGGGACAAUGUCUACUAUAGUGAAAGAUGAAGGUGUGAGAGGACUUUACAAAGGUCUUGUACCUAUAAUAUUAGGGUACUUCCCCACCUGGAUGAUUUACUUCUCAGUUUACGAGUACUCGAAAAAUGUCUACCCGAAAUUGUUCCCAUACUCGGACUUUAUAUCGCAUUCGUGCUCUGCAAUAACUGCAGGUGCGGUGUCCACUACGGUCACAAAUCCGAUAUGGGUGAUCAAGACGCGAUUAAUGCUACAAACAAAUGCGCAGGAUCAAUUAACACAUUACAAGGGCACGCUGGAUGCAUUCAGGUGCAUAUGGAGACAAGAGGGAUUGCGAGCCUUCUAUACGGGGCUGGUACCGUCUCUUUUGGGGCUAUUCCAUGUGGCAAUUCAUUUUCCCGUGUACGAAAAGCUAAAGAUACACUUUCGUUGCUACUCCAUAGCAAGAGACUCCAAGGGCCAGCAGUACUACACCAUCAAUUUACCGAAUCUGAUAAUGGCGUCAUCUGUGUCCAAAAUGGUUGCAUCCGUACUGACGUACCCACACGAGAUUCUAAGAACGAGAAUGCAAUUAAAGGCUGAUUUACCGACUAAUAUUCAUCACAAACUGUUGCCCAUGAUUCGCAACACUUAUAAAUACGAGGGGUGGCGAGCCUUCUACUCCGGAUUUACCGCAAACAUACUACGGACCGUCCCUGCAUCGGCCAUUACUCUUGUGUCGUUUGAAUACGUUAGAAAUAACAUGCCCAAAGCAGAUGUCUGA